CCAUCCCUAUCCCCAGCCCCGACCACAACCACAACCCAGUGAGCAAAUGUCAGCAGCAAUCGAGAGGAAAUCGCUGGAAAAUGCGGAGUUCCUGCCAACCACUGAACCAGAGCCCAGAGGCCAAGGGCAGAGGUCCAUAGGAGAACCAGUGGAUGAGGUUCUACAGAUGCCUCCUUCGUUACUAACCUGCGGGGGUUGUCAGCAGAGUAUCGGAGAUCGCUAUUUCUUGAAAGCCAUUGAUCAGUACUGGCAUGAAGAUUGUUUGAGUUGUGACCUUUGUGGCUGUAGACUGGGAGAGGUAGGCAGGAGACUGUACUACAAGCUGGGCAGAAAGCUUUGCCGAAGAGACUACCUCAGGUUAUUUGGUCAGGAUGGACUUUGUUCUGCCUGUGACAAGCGAAUCCGAGCCUAUGAAAUGACGAUGCGAGUCAAAGACAAGGUUUACCACCUGGAAUGUUUCAAGUGCGCUGCCUGUCAGAAACACUUCUGUGUGGGAGACAGGUAUCUCCUGAUCAACUCGGACAUUGUCUGCGAACAGGACAUUUAUGAAUGGACUAAGCUCAAUGGCAUGAUCUAAGCUGCGCUUUUGAGUUUCGUGGGUGCUGUAUAUAUAUAUGUGUAUAUAUAUAUAUAUAUGAAUGGACCCUUUUGUAAGAGACUGUAAAUGUUAAGGACUUGUACAGAUAUUUUAUUAACACAAGCUGUGAAGAUUUUCUUUGUAUACAGGACGGGAUUCAUUGGGAACUAUGGCAUCUACAGCUUUAUUAAAGUGAUUGGAAUAAACCA